UUUGCUCUGAUAAAUGAGUCACAUUAGAUGGAGUGGGUGGAGGCUUGUUAUAUGAUUAAUGUUUUUUGUAAUUAUGAAUUUUUUGAAUUCUCACUGAUUUUAGGGCAAAUUGAAACAUGACUGAUACAGAGGAAUCCCAGGCUUCUGAUUCUGAUCAAGAUGUGAUAUUCAUUGAGCAGAAAGAUUUACCUGAGGUAUAUGAAUGUGAGGUAAAUACACAAAGUGGGCGUUCAGGCUCUGGGCAGAAGGGUGCCACCCCUGCUGAGAAAUCCCCAGAUGAGCUUGAUGGUGGCCGUAAAUCAGCUGCUUCAGUCGUGCACCUCCUGGACAGCAGUGCUUCAGAAACGGAUCUUGGUGCUUCCAGUGGCAGUGAAAGCCCCACUAAGAGCUCAGCUCUACCUUCCAAGCAACAAGUGAGAUCUCAGCCUUCAAAGCAACGGGCAGGAGUGUCUGGUGCUGAAAGUUCAGAUUCUUCUCUGUCCUCUGAAGGUCCAGUGAAAUCAUCUAAAACAGCCACACAGCAGAAGUCAAGUCUCAAUUUGAAAGCCAUUUUUGCCUAUCACUUCAGGGGAAAGAAAUUUAAGGCUGCUGCACACCGGAAAUAUAGGAGUGGCUCAGAGAAGAGAAGGAGAAGAUAUGAGAGCACCCAGAUGCCUAUGGGGAGGCCCCCACUGACAGCAUCUCCCCAAGAGCAAAAGAAAAGGCUUUUAGAUCGAGGCUUUCAAUUUCCUUUUGUUGAAAAACAUUAUGGGAAGAAACAUAUCCCUUUAAAGAUGGUGCUUGGCUAUGAGCAAGCAGCUGCAAAAGGGUUUUUCCAGUACAUUGAAAUGCUGAAAUAUGAAGAACAUCUCAAAAAGGCUUUAAAAAAUCUUGAAGCAAGUGAAGACUUGGAAAGGGAAUGCCUGGCAGUGAGGAAACACAAGUAUUUAGAUGAUGAAGGCCCCAUUUCCCCUAUCAAAGAGACAGAUGAUAASAGCUUGGAUUCUGAUACUCAAGAGGUCUUUGAUGCCAGAGUAGUGGAGAACAGCUGCUUCAUUAUAAGCAGCAAUAUCCCCAACAAGAAAAAAUCGAGGUCAGAAACAAAGCGUGCAAAAUCCAGUGGAGUGAUAGAAGUAGAAAGUGAAGAAUGUGACGCCGAGAGCUCUGGCUGCACCAGGGUCCAAUUCAGUGGGCAGAAAGCUCCCGAGUGAGGUGGUGGUGGUUGCCCUGGAUGGACCUUUUGCUGCUGCCUUGCCUUAAAUGGUGCUUCUGAAGAGAAGCAAGGAACUCAGCCAGAUUUGGUUUAAGGCAUCUGCAUCAGAAAUGUUCUGUACGGCUUGAAGGACUCAUCCUGGAUCCAGGAGAGGGCUCUUGCCAGCUUGCUCUUGGGAGAUGGAACACUCCUCAGUUUCCUUGGU